GAGGGAGAAAGGGGAGAGAGAAGAAAGGAGAUCCGAGGAUGAGGGAGGAACGCGCUGCUGCCGCCGCCAGAUCCGCGAUGAGAGGGAGUCGUGCCGUCAGUCGCGUCACCGUCCGUGAAGCCAUCGCCGUCUGUGAAGCCAUCGCCGUCAGCCACGUCGUUACUGUCGUCGCUGGUUUUCACCACGCCUCAUCACCACCGCCGUGCCGUGCUCCAUGCCGUCGCUGCCACUGUUCCGUCACAAGAGAAGGACACGCGAGGGAGGAAACAGAACCGCAAGGUAGCUCAGCCACAGAGAGAGGAAACGCACGUCAGAUCUGUCACCGCCGGUUUGCCCAUCGCCAAACCACGUCGCCGUCUGUAAAGCUGUCUCCGUCGCCGCUGCCAGAGGUCGCCAUUGGAGCCGCCGCUCCACUUCUAUCCUUCUUCUUUUUACAGUUGUUGCUGAGCCACUGAAGCUCCUGGCCGCUAUCGGAGCUGCUACCGGUUAAGUUUCGGGUGGCUGGCGCGUCGUUCUUUUAUUCCAG